AUGGUUUUCAAAGAUUGUCUUGUCCACGUGGAUGAUGCAGUGUUAGAAGCCGAUUUGAUUCCCUUAGACUUGGUUGAUCUUGAUAUCAUCUUGGGAAUGGAUUGGCUGGAAAAGCAUAGUGCAUCGGUAGAUUCUUUUCGAAAAGAAGUCUUACUUAGAAGUCUAGGACAAUUUGAAGUCGUAUUCCAUGGAGAAUGUAGAGUUCUCUCAUCUUGUCUCAUCUCCGCCAUGACGGCAAAAAGGUUACUCAAGAAGGAAUGUGUGGGAUACAUAGCCCAUAUUAUAGAUACUCGUGGGGUCACUCUGAAUCUGGAAGACGUUUAUGUUGUUUGUGAAUUUCCGGAUAUCUUCUCGGAUGAUCUUCUUGGUUUGUCUCCUCAGAGAGAAACCGAGUUCAUUAUUGAACUCAUUCCAGGCACAAAUCCAAUUUACCAAGCUCCUUAUAGGAUGACACUGGCAGAGUUACGGGAGUUUAAGAUUCAAUUGCAAGAAUUGGUUGAUCUUGGAUUCAUUCGACGUAGUGUUUCUCCUCGGUUGAAGGGUGCCAAGUAUUUUUACAAGAUUGAUCUAAGAUCGAGAUAUCAUCAACUCAGAGUACGAGAGGAAGAUAUUCCCAAGACAGCAUUCAGGACUUGUUACGGCCAUUACGAGUUAUUGGUGAUGCCUUUCGGAUUGACGAAUGCUCCAGCAGCAUUUAUGGAUCUCAUGAACAAAGUUUUCCGCCCUUAUCUGGAUCGGUUCUCUUCGAUAACAACACCUCUUACUUGGUUAACGAGGAAAGAUGUUAAGUUUGUGUGGACGGAAGAGUGUGAACAGAGUUUUCAAGAGCUAAAGAAGCGGUUAACCACCGCACCUGUUUUGGCUCUUCCGAAUAACUCGAGGAACUUCGUGAUAUACAGUGAUGCAUCAUUACAAGGCUUGGGAUGUGUUUUGAUGCAGCAUGAUCAGAUGAUUGCUUAUGCCUCGAGGCAACUCAAGAAGCAUGAGCAGAAUUAUCCUACCCAUAACUUGGAACUUGCUAUGUGUCAAAUCUUCACAGAUCAUAAGAGCCUCAAGUACUUUUUUACUCAGAAUGAGUUGAACAUGAGACAAAGGCAUUGGCUGGAGUUGAUUAAGGAUUAUGAUUGCACAAUUGAAUAUCAUACUGGCCGAGCCAAUGUGGUGGCUGAUGCUUUGAGUAGGAAGACUAGUGAAAGCCUAGCCCAUCUCAGAACGGCUUAUCUUCCAUUAUUGGUGGAACUACGGAAGGAUGGAGUCGAAUUGGGAUUGAGUCAACAGGGUGGAAUACUUGCUAGUUUGCAUGUGAGACCUAUUCUGAUUGAGCGGGUGAUUGCAGCCCAAUUAGAGGAUCCUACUCUUUGUAUGAUCAAAUUGGAGGUGGAGAAUGCUACACGGACUGAUUAUGCAAUAAAAGAAGACAAGGCCUUUUGGGAGCUCAUUGGCUUCAGAGUCAUGGGAACUCUGAAGUUAAGCGAGUUGGGGCUAGAGCAAUCCCAGGAUGGAUGA